AUGUCAUAUCGGCAUGGAUUCCGCCAUGAGCGAAGCGGGUUGGUGGAUUUGACACGACAUGAAACAAUAUUACCUUUGAAGAUUACUGUUGGAUGUGAUGCAUUGUCGUUGCAACCGCCUCCACCGCCACCACCUCCACCACCACCGCCACCUCUGCCAACAUCAACAUCUUCAGUUUUACCUGAGCCUCCACUGUUACAACUAACAGCAAGUAGUAAUCCAUUUAUGAUAGGUUCCUUUUGGCAGGAUACACAACAGUUUCACGUGCCAGUAACUACUGCGAUGAAUAAAAUCAAGUACUAUGAAUCAUUAUACGCAUCUAAUGUGGGAAUGUUCCGCAACAAUGCAAUAAAUCGAAUAACACAAGCACAUUCCGAACCGAAAACUUACGUUCGUUUAAUUGACUCACCACCACCUCCACCUGAGCUUGGUAUACCGGUAAAGCAAACUGCCAUGACAUUACAAAUUACCAACUUUAGCAUAGAGAGUGAUAUCCAGCGUUCUGAAAAAGUUAUCCUUCAGAAUGGACACCAGGUAAUUCAGUCAGAUGAUCUGAGUGGACAGAAUCCGAAGUUCAUUACUGGAAUUGAAAGCGAGGAACUUGUUCCGAAUGAAAGCAGCCUUACCAUACGAUCGCAAUUCAGGGGUAAAGUAUUUAAAUUACCGGAAAACUGUGGUCGCCCACAAUCUUCAGAAGGACGUACAUUCCCAUUGAAAGUGCGAAGUGACGAUAUGAAUUAUGAUAGCAGUGAUUACAAUGAAUCUCAGCCUGAAAAAGAUUCUUAUCGCAGUAGUCCAGAUUUGUCGUUAAAGCUCAUAUCUAUGAAACGUUCAUUACCUCUGGAUCAGGCUCCAGCUGUUAUUCGUACUGCUACCAAAAUUGUGCGUAAAGUUGCUCAUCCUACGCAGAAGAUUCUGGCUUCAAAUUCCGUCAUUACUAAUAAUACAGAUUCCUUUAAUACCACUGUGUCUACUCACUCGAAUGCGUUAGUUGUUGCACCAAAGACAGGAAAACCGACAAAACGUAUAUCUUCUAACGGGACAAUGUCAAAGAAUGGCAUGUCGUGGAGGAGACGACAAACAAAUGAGGGUUUGGAUAUUGAGGAUGAAGAACCUACUGCAUCGGCGCACAAUGUUCCAUUUAAAAUGCAAAGGAUAAAUCGUCGGCUUCGUAGGAUUAAAGAUAAACUGUAUACGGAGGCAUCUCACGAAUGUUUCGAGUUUGCGGAACAUGGUCAUUGCUUAGCUGGUGCCUUUUGUCCGUUCGAUCAUGACGGUGAUUCUGCGCACAGGACGACAAAGAUUUGUAUCAAAUUAAUGACGGGUUUAUGUCGUGGUCGUUGUGGACAGACGCAUUGCCUUUCCUCACAUCAAAUGCCAAUCUGUGAUUAUUUUUUGCGUCUUACUUGUUCCGAUGAACACUGUCCAUAUUUGCAUGUUAAGCAUGCAGCUGGUAGUAAACCAUGUGAAGAUUUCAAUCGAGGAAUUUGCAAAAAAAGCUCCAGCUGUUCGUUUCCCCAUCGUUAUUACUAUUCGGUGGUUAAAAAGAAGUGUGACGGACUUGAAAUGUCUAACAUAUCCCAAGUGCCUCUACAUCACAGCGAAGCAGUUAAGAGCGAAGAAAGCGAUGAUGAAAGAUGCGGUGUAGAUAAGAAUUGUGCGUUACAGUGGAUAUUAUGAAAUUAUGAAGAAUGAAUUAGAACUUCUUCCUUUUAUUCGGGUUUUUCGGAAGCAUAAUUUUUUUCGGGAAAUAUCCGUAAGUACGAGCGAAGCCAACAUAACAUCGUAUUCGGUAAGCUUGUGCGAUUAUGUUUCUGGUCGGUGGUGCUUAUAGAGGUG